AUGGGCAUUGCUUUGACCAGUGACACACCACUGUGCGCUUUCACUUCCUUCUUUUCUCCGGACCCCCUCUUCCGGAUCGGCAUCGUCCCACACCGCCACCAGAAUCCAGUCAGAAUCCAAAGAGGAAUGCCACAUGUGAGCAUCGGAAUGCCAAACCAGGUGUUCCCAAGAACAGAGAUCCAGCAGUGGUCACAUCGGCUGUGGUCCCGCAUGUGCCGAAGCUGCAAUGGUCCCAUAUUCCAAAGCGCUCACUGUGACGGUUCCCUACUAGCUGAGGUGAGAUGUCUGAUUACACUCAUGUGCCACCACCAAAUAUAG